GUACGAGCUAGGAUUACUGGCGCUGCUCGUCUCGGAAUCUAGUCGCCCCGCAGCCGGCGCAUCCGAGUAUUUCAUUGCUGCAGCUUAUUAGUGCUAAAGCUGCCUCUUUCAUCGCAAUUUCGGACAAUUCUCACCCCAAACUUGCAUUUGCUGCCCUGCACGACAUUCACCAUCACGACGCGACAAUCGCAGACGUGAGAACACUAGCACCAUUCUCGUUGAAAAAUCAAGGGACUUUCUCAAAUUGCAAAGUGGACCUAACGACAGGAACACCAUGGCCUCGGAACGGGUUACAAUGAAGGGCUCUGCCGCGGUCCCGGGCAUCUACCGACUCAUCAUCAUGACUCUCGAGCCGGUCUUCGCGCUGCUCGGUGCCGUUAUGGUCCUCCACACACCGAAUCAAUACCUCGCAGGAAUGACGCGCAACGCGUUCGCAUACGAACCCAACACGCAGUUCAUCUACACGCAACUCGGCGGCGGUUGGCUUCACUUCGCAUUCACCGAGGGUGUGGUCAUGCGGGUCUUUGAUGAUCUUACUCUAUGGCGCGUUCUCUGUGCGGGUAUGCUCCUGAGCGACGCAGCUUUCUGCCACGGCACUGCGCAAGCCGUCGGAGGCUGGGAAGUUUGGCUGGACAGAUCCACGUGGACUGUCGAGGACUACGUUGCUUUCUUCACGACGGCGCCAAUGGUAUUGGUUCGAAUCCUGAUUGUUCUGGGCAUUGGCAUCAGCACACCGAAGGAGGCAAAGGGAAAAGAGAACGAGAAACAGCUUUAGAGAGACUUGGAUACGGUUCCCCGCCUGCUAUUGGCUGAUGCUGCUGAUCAGAAGUGUUGGUACGGAUCGUUAACCCCAUGUAAGUUCUACGAAAAUGAUCAUGCCCUAUAGCCAAACUCUUCGCGGUUGAAAUUUCAAAAGAAUUGUUGGGUGUUGGGCAGUCUGUCUUCCCGCGUGCGCAAACGUGA